UUUUAACUAUUUUUUUUCUAUCACUGAAAUUAAUUAAAUGAAAUAUGUAGACAUGCAUUUCGCCAUUCAAAAGCGAAAGCGUGUUUGAAUUUCGGACGUUUGUAAAACCGGCUAGCCUUGUGCGAGGCUCCAGCCGCAUGUCUCAAUAUUUACUCAUUCACGGCUGCUGGAACACUCAGAAUGAAGCCUUAGAGAAAAGGAUUUUAAGCCUUUUUGCUCUGAUGGGAAAGUUGCGCCUUGCCCUAACGGCAUGUUUAGCCAACAAGCAUUAAAAGAAAAAAAAAAAAAAAAAAAUGGGAGUAUAUAAGUCAAAGCAAAAUCUGGCAAGGCACAUUCAUCUGCUCUCCAGACAGGAUGAGGCGUGUUCCGGUCUGCUCCCUCCUGGCGCUGGCACUCCUCGUCGGCUGCUCGUCCGCCACCUACGGGAACGGCGGAGCUAGCGGCGGAGGCGGGUUCGCAGGUGGUGGAUGCUCCGGCGGUGAUUGCGGAGGCUCAGGAGGCUAUGACGGAGGAUCGGUCGGAGGAGGUGGAUGCGCCGGAGGUGGGUGUGGAGGAUCGUCUGGUGGAUACUCUGGUGGAUCAGCAGGAGGAAUAGGUGGUGGAUUCGGUGGCGGCGAUUCUUCUAGUGGAAUUGGAGGUGCAUUUGGAGGAGGUGGAGCUGGGGGGGAUUCGGUGGAGGAGGAUCCUCUGGUGGAUAUUCCGGUGGAUCAUCUGGUGGAAUUGGAGGAGGAUUCGGUGGAGGAGGAUCCUCUGGUGGAUAUUCCGGUGGAUCAUCUGGUGGAAUUGGAGGUGGAUUUGGAGGAGGUGGAGGCUCCUCCGGUGGAAUCGGCGGUGGGCAUGGAGGGGGGACCGGCGGUUCCCUUGGCGGGUACCUUCCACCUUCAAGGAGGUAAUCCUCCUGAAAGCCUUCUCGUCCACCUGAAGAGAAGUACUGGUCAUGUGGUAAAGUCGCUAACUUCUGUAAGUUUAUUUGAUAUGUUUCGUGUCAUUCAUCAGAGAGAGCAAUGCUCAAAUAUUUGUUUGAUAAAGUAAGUACGACUUGUCCCAUUUAUCAAAAGGUACUGUAUAAAAUAAAUCCGUUGUGUAUUCCCUGAUAUGGCAAAAAUAAAUAAAUAUAUUAUAUAAAAGCGA